AUGCCGAAAGAGCGUGUACAAAAAAAAAGUCGAGUUCAUAAAGAAAUUCAAAAAGAAGGAAUAAAUUUUAAUAAGGAUUUCGGUCAACAUAUUCUAAAAAAUCCUCUGAUAAUAACCAGUAUGGUUGAAAAAGCAGCUAUCCGUCCGACUGACGUUGUUGUUGAAGUUGGUCCUGGAACGGGUAACUUAACUGUACGCCUCUUGGAAAAAGCAAAAAGAGUUAUUGCCUACGAAAUCGAUCCACGUCUUGUUGCUGAACUUCAAAAAAGAGUUCAAGGAACACCAUUUAAGUCAAAAUUAGAUAUUGUGAUUGGUGACAUAUUGAAAAGUGAAUUACCAUUUUUUGAUUUAUGUGUUGCUAACUUACCAUAUCAAAUUUCAAGUCCAUUUGUAUUUAAAUUACUUUUACAUCGACCAAUAUUUCGUUGUGCAAUUGUUAUGUUUCAACGUGAAUUUGCACAACGUCUUGUUGCUAAACCUGGUGAAAAACUUUAUUGUCGUUUGUCAGUUAAUACACAGCUUUUAGCUCGUGUUGAUCAUUUAAUGAAAAUUGGAAAAAAUAAUUUUCGACCACCACCAAAAGUUGAAUCAAGUGUUGUAAGAAUUGAACCAAAAAAUCCACCACCAGCUGUUAAUUAUCAAGAAUGGGAUGGAUUAACAAGAAUAUGUUUUACAAGAAAAAAUAAACGUCUAUCAUCAGAAUUCAAACAAAAGAAAGUGAUUGAAUUAUUAGAAAAAAAUUAUCGAAUUCAUUGUUCAAUUCAUAAUAAAACUGUACCAAAUGAUUUUGAUAUGAAAACAAAAGUUGAAGAAAUUCUUACAAAAAAUCAAUUUGCUGAUAAACGUGCAAGACAUAUGGAUCUUGAUGAUUUUCUUGGAUUGUUACAUGCAUUCAAUGUCGAAGGCAUUCAUUUUUGCUGA